AUGCUGCGAACACUGCCCGUGUUGAGCUUUUUGCUCUCCACUCUUCAUGGAAGCAUUGCUCAAAAUACGAGCACACUUCCAGAUGUUUUAGAUGCCGAGACCAUUGCAUCACUCGGAAACAACAGCCUUUUCACACGAUGGAGACCGAUAUCACAUUUCAGCGCCCCUGCUGGGUGGAUGAACGACCCAUGCGGGAUGAUGUAUGAUCCGACUGGAGACGAGUAUCACCUCAUGUACCAGUGGCACCCGAACCACAUCGAUUGGGGAAACAUCUCAUGGGGUCAUGCUACAUCAAAAGAUUUGAUUACAUGGACCGACGUCGGCGGCUGGGAAGGAAAUGACGCCGAAUCACUGGUCACUGGACCCGUAGGCUCGUACAACGGCCUUGGAAUAUUUUCAGGAACUGCGCAGCCUGUUAAUCUCCAGGGCGAACAAGACGGUACUCUUCUAGCCUUCUACACCUCCGUGUCGAAACUCCCGACCAACUGGCGUAUUCCAUACCAGAAUGGGACCGAAACUCAGAGUCUUGCUAUAUCAAAAGAUGGCGGUCGGACUUGGCAGGAGUACGAGAAUAAUCCUGUCAUCAGCCACCCGCCUGAGGGCUGGAACAUUACAGGCUGGCGCGACCCCUUCUUCGAACCAUGGCCGGAAAUGGACUCCAUCCUCGGACAGUCCGAGCCCCACUGGUAUGCAGUCUUCGGGUCGGGUAUAAAGGGAGUCGGUCCCCGUAUACCCUUCUACAGCGCUCCCGCAAACGACUUGACCAACUGGACCUUCUUGGGCGCACUUUGGGAACCGUCAGAUAACGAGACCCUGGGGGAUAUUCUAGAGACCAGCACUUACGCCUUCAACUUCGAAGUGUCGAAUUUCUUCUCUUUAGUCGACGAAGAUGGCGACGUUCACUAUUACACGCUCUUCGGAGCUGAGGGUGGCAACACAACUUUCCAUCCGCGUGCUGCAGCGGGUUUGUGGAAUGAAGGUAUAGUCACGAGGCGGGCAAACGGAUCUGCACAAUUUACUCCGGUAGCGGGAGGUGCCAUCGAUUCCGGUCUGCUAUAUGCCGUCACCAGCUUCAACGAUACCAAAAAUAACCGUCGAGUCCAGUGGGGCUGGGCGGUAGACGAGCUGAACCAAUUCGUAACUCAACAAGGCUUCAACGGCGCUUUCGCUCUUCCCCGCGAGAUGUAUGCCAAGAAGACAAGAGGACUGAUCAAUGCAAAUGGUGGAUUGACCACGAAGGGAAACAACCGUGUUGUGGAACACAGUGAUGGCACUUACACUGCCUACACCUUGGCCGCACGUCCGCUUCCGGAAGUGGUGUCAGGCAUCCGCAACGGGACUACGCAGCGUAACUACAGAUCCGCGGCGGAUUUGCCAGUGUCCUCCCCCCGCAUCCUCGGGAAUGGAUCUGACCAUAUGGAGAUCAAGGCGACAUUCCGCAAUGUCACUGGUCCUGCUGGCCUGACCAUUGCACGUUCUCCAGGAGGGGAAGAGUACACGACGAUCUACUGGGACCCUUCAAACUACACCAUCAACGUCGACAGAUCACAUUCAUCCACCAUCGACAACAUCGCCCUCAACUACACAGUUGUAGGGUACUUCUAUCCUUACACCUUCGCCAAGACCGGUAUGGAAGACAUCGUUAUGAACGUCUUCAUUGAUGGCUCGUUGGUCGAGCUAUACAUCAACGAUCGCUUCUGGCUCACAACACGUAUUUAUCCCGGCCGCACCGACUCGACAGGCUUCGGCAUCUACGUUGAUGGUAGCAACAGCACUCACGCUGAGGUUCCCGAAUUUAUUUCUUGGGUCGGAACCGCGAAUGUGUUCCCGGAGAGGCCGCUCAACUCCAGCAGUCAACUUGUAUUUGAUACCGCGGAGCAGACGAACAAUUACACCUGGUGGUCAGGGAGGUAG